CAGGGGCAGGCCGAGGCCGCGCACUCGCCACACGCCGCCGGGCAGCGCCGGGGGAAGGUUUCGCUGCUCGCUCGCUGCCGGAGCCGGGGACGAUGCAGGCGGAGUCGGGGAUCGUGGCGGACUUCGAGGUCGGCGAGGAGUUUCACGAGGAGCCCAAGACCUACUAUGAGCUGAAGAGCCAGCCCCUGAAAAGCAGCAGUUCCGAGCAUCCUGGAGCUUCCAAGCCUCCCCUAAGCUCCUCCAGUAUGACAUCACGGAUUUUGUUACGACAGCAGCUCAUGCGUGAGCAGAUGCAGGAGCAAGAGCGUCGAGAGCAGCAACAGAAGCAGCAAGCAGCCCAGUUCAUGCAGCAGAGAGUACCACUCAGUCAGACACCAGCCAUCAACGUCAGUGUCCCCUGUAACCUGCCCCCUCCUACCCAGGUGCCAAUGGAAGUCCUCAAGGUGCAGACUCACCUUGAAAAUCCAACCAAGUACCACAUUCAGCAAGCCCAACGGCAGCAGGUAAAGCAGUACCUUUCUACCACUCUAGCAAAUAAACAUACCAACCAAGCUCUGAGCUUGCCCUGUCCAAACCAGCCUGGUGAUCAUGUCAUGCCACCUGGAACUGGAAGCAGCGCACCGAACAGUCCAAUGGCUAUGCUUACACUUAACUCCAACUGUGAAAAAGAGGGAUUUUAUAAAUUUGAAGAGCAGAGCAGGGUGGAGAGCGAGUGCCCGGCUCUGAACACACACACGCGAGCGUCAUGCAUGCAGAUGGAUGAUGUAAUUGAUGACAUAAUUAGCUUGGAAUCAAGUUAUAACGAAGAAAUCCUUGGCCUGAUGGAUCCUGCCCUGCAAAUGGCAAAUACGUUACCUGUAUCUGGCAAUUUGAUUGACCUUUAUGGCAACCAAGGCAUGCCUCCUUCAGGACUGAACAUCAGCAACUCGUGUCCAGCUAAUCUUCCCAAUAUAAAAAGGGAGCUCACAGAGUCAGAAGCAAGGGCGCUGGCUAAAGAGAGGCAGAAGAAAGAUAAUCACAAUUUAAUUGAACGAAGGAGAAGAUUUAAUAUUAACGAUCGCAUUAAAGAAUUAGGCACGUUGAUACCAAAAUCAAAUGACCCGGACAUGCGCUGGAAUAAGGGCACUAUUUUAAAAGCGUCGGUGGACUAUAUCCGCAAACUGCAGAGAGAACAACAACGCACAAAAGAACUUGAGAACAGGCAGAAGAAACUAGAACAUGCCAAUAGACAUCUAUUGCUCAGAAUACAGGAACUUGAGAUGCAGGCUCGAGCACACGGACUUUCUCUUGUCCCAUCAACAGGCCUUUGCUCACCAGAUGUGGUAAACCGGGUCAUCAAGCAAGAACCUGUCAUUGACAACUGCAACCAAGACGUAUUGCAGCACCACUCAGAUUUAUCUUGCACGACUACCCUUGAUCUUACUGAUGGUACCAUAACUUUCAACGAUAACCUAGGAACCUACAGUGUCCCCACAAAAGUGGGAUCCAAACUGGAAGAUAUUUUGAUGGACGAUACUCUCUCCCCUGUAGGAGUUACUGACCCACUCCUUUCCUCAGUGUCUCCUGGAGCUUCAAAAACAAGUAGCAGAAGAAGCAGCAUGAGCAUGGAAGAUACUGAUCAUGCUUGUUAGCAGAUAAUUGGCAUGGCCUCUCAUAAACUGCUUCAUUUCUUAAUCAGUAGAUUAAAUAAUUUACAUUUUUAGGGUUUUUUGAUUUUCUUUUAAUAUUAAUCUACUUUUGCUUCAUCAAUAGCCCAGUAUAUAUAUUAUAUAUAUUUUUUGAAUUUUGUGAAAAGACUUGUAUAUUCUAUUUUAAAAGUACCAAUGCCUCCAAAAUAUUGUACAAUGCAUGUACAGUAUUUGUGAACUGGAUUCACCAAGAACUUUGAACUGGUCAAAUCUACUCAAAGCAAUAGAAUUACAAAUCAAAACAGUCUGUUUCUAUUCAGGGGAAACUUACAAGUUAUUUACUUGGAAACUAAAUGUAAAGCUUAAAAAAAAAAAAGAGAGAGAAUGUGAAGAAACCAAAAAUAUCCACUUUGUAACCAUGUUGUGUUGAUUUAAUAGUGCUGCCUUAAAGAUACAGUAUCCUUCAAACUUAGUUUAGUCUUUAUAUCACAAGAUAUUUAAAAUAAAUUACUAUUCUACUUUAAUAAUAAUAAUAAAACUAGCGUUAACACAUACUAAUUGUUGAUUCUAAUAUGAAAUGUUCCUGAUGAUGAUGCUAGAAACGAAGGAGAGAGUGUAGGGAGGCAUGAAUCUGUCUCAGUUUCUUGGAGUGGUGGUGUUCUUACUCUCAGUUGAAAGGGUUUCCCUUCUGCUCCUACUUCAAGCUUUUCUUUAAAGGCUUUUAUUUUGGAAAGGAGACUUAGAAUUGUUUAUCAACAAUAAAACAGAUGAGCACUGUAAGAUGGUAUACAUUUUCAGACAAAAUUCAAUACAUUUUAUCAACUGGGCACAUUUUGUUGUAUAUUUCUAACUGGCCUUUUUUUUUUUUUUUUAAAGUGUUGUACAGGUUUUUCAUUUGCAUGGAUUCUUUAGUUAUCCUCAUGUUUUUGUUUUGUUUUUAAAUAUAGUUGUAUUUCAUUUAUAAGGAUAUGCCUCUUAAUAUUGCAACAAUUUUUUGACAUGUUUAAAACUCACUGGAGGUUUUCUGCAUUCUUUGUAAACACUUGAAAGGAAGCUUUUAUGCAGGAUCCUAUGUAUUGAGAGAUUUUGAGAAUAUUUUGUAUAUUAGUCUCACUUUGGAAAUAUUUUUAAACACAAUUGAAGGUGUAGUACAAAUUUAGACUAGGUAACAAAACAAAGCUCUGUAGAGAAAAUGAAAUUACAUAUUUAUUUUUUAGUGUUAUAGAAAGAAUAGUAAUAUACUUUGAAGCCUAAUAACUAUAUAGAUAAUAUGCCCCUAGAGUAAUUAAAUUGGUGUUUUAUUUCAGCAAUAUGGCUGGUUUAAAAGAGUAAAUUUACUGUAUCUUAAAAUAACUGUUACUUUAUAGCCAUUGUAUUAAUUUAACUUGCAACAAUGUUGUAAAAGUAGUUUGGUGCAUUAUCUACGCAAGUGUAGUCCUAUGCAAUAACAGUAGUUACAAUUGUAUUAUAUCAAACCUAGAAGUUUUACAAAGAUGACAGAUGGUGUUAUGAGCCAGACUGACCGACUGGAUUUCUCGGUAGCAGCCUACAGUUGAAAUGUGUCAGAAAAGCAUCUCGUUCAGAAUGAAGUGCCUUAAAUUGUUGUAGUAGUCUUCUUGGACGAGCACUGACUGAAGUGUGGCAUAGGAGGAAGUUUUGGGGUGAUAGUUAUAGGAAAUUGGAGUGUAGCCUGGUGCCCUCUGUAGAAAACAAGAGCAUCCCAUUCUCUUUGUGCUACACUGGAAAGAUAUGUAUAAUAUAUAAAAAUUAAAAUCUUGUUUAGUGAUUGAGUGCCAACGUGGCAGACUUGAUCAAGAAACCUUGGUCAUGGCUGUUUAAUAGUAUUCUGAAAUCAAAUGUGAAUAUAGUGGUGAUGAUGAAAGAUGGAGGACAAAACGUCUGGAGUUCUAAUGGAAGGUUCAUACUGAUGGAUGCUGCAUCUUUCACAUAUACCUUUGGUUAUGAAAAAUUCUUGAAACCACUGGGGCCCAGUCCUGCUCUCAUGGAAGCCAAUAGGAGUUUUUUGUUUGACAAUGGGAGUGCAUGACUGGGCCUAUUAUCAGCUCUGCUGCUUUCUAUUCUGGUACUUGGGGUGGAUUGGGGCUUAGAGAGGGAAGUCUCCUAUGUGGUCGAUAUGGAAGACUGGUCUAGUUUACUAUGUAGUCCUGCCUUGAGUGCAGGGCACUGGGCUAGAUGACCCCUCGAGGUCCCUUCUAGUCCUACACUUCUAUGAGUCUAUAUUCUUGACAUUUUCUUAUAUUUGUAUAGCUUUCACCUGUUAGUUAUGCAGUUCUUUGUUUCUGUUUGAAUAGCUAAGAGUAUAUUAGCUUUGAUAAUCACCAGAUUUGUCACUUUUCGGGAGGGGCAAGAGUCAGCCCACAGUGUUACAACAAAUGCCUGUUCUUCCUAGCCCGUUUUUUGGACUGUUUUUUAUAUCUGCUAGACCAGUGGUUUCCAAACUGUGGCCCAGAGGCACUGCACGUAUGUCUCCAGCAUUCCUUAUUGCAACACAUCACCAUCUUCACUGCAGUUAAGAUGCUCAUGUAUCCUGGGUGGCUCGUUGCACAGCAGCUGUGCCACAGUUUAGCAACUAUGCAUGCAGUCACUUGCUCUUGUUGCAAUAUGUUAAUGGUGACAGAUGAAGGAAAUGGCAGGAAAAAGAGUGGCGAUAGCUCUAAUGCAAGGUCAUAUAUGCCCCUUCAAAGUAAAAGGGUGAGCAAAAGCCACAAAUGGGAUGCACAAGGUCAUUUGGGUGUUGUAACCAGAAAAAUCCAUUCAAGAUGGCCCCAACCUGGAUACCGUGUUGGGUACCACGCUGUUAUCCAUAUAGAAGUGGGGCCUGGAUGUAGGGUAUGCAAAUAUGCAUCAUGCUUAUUUGAUCCCUGUGUGGACUAAAAUGAAACCCUGAUCCCCUGCCCUUGUGCAAUUUGUAGAUGGUCCCCAUGUGCUUAGAAAUU